AGAUGAUGUGGACGACUGGAGGAGAGAGUCAGCCAUGAUGGGAGAAAUAUACAAGGGGGCGGCCUGUAAUCUCGCAGCCACCGCUGCCGGAGAAAGAGAGAAUCCCGAUACUCUGUUUAUCGAUGGAGCCCCUCUUUUGAAAUCGAUCCUGACUACAGAAAUCAAAGGCACGACCUACCACUUCUUUACUGAGACGACGGAGCUAUCCUUUCUGUCCCUCGCGACGCUGAACACGCGAGGACGGGUCCUCCAAGAACGGCUUCUGAGCCCCCAAUUGUCCAUUUUAGCGACUAGUUGUACUGGGAAUGCUGCGAGCUCCGAGCAUCAGAGGCAUUUCCUGCAGGGUGUCCAGACUUAGUGUAUCCGGAAUGGACUCCAAGAAUGCCACGCAUGGUCAAAUCUAUUUGGGCAUCAGUGAACGAUGCAUCUAGGAACCGCAAAGAGCUGUACGAUACUUGGCGGUCUAUCGUUGAAAGCUACACCUUUUACUACCCGACUUAUACAUCAGAUGUGCUCGCAGCCAUAGCUGGGCUUGCAAAAUACAUCGCAUUCCGGCACCUUAACUCCGCGUUCGGUUCCCAAGCAGCAAAAGAUGACUACCUCGCCGGGUUGUGGAGAGGAGACCUUAUACAUGGUCUGACUUGGGAGAUGUAUGUUGGUAGCUCUUCGCCCGGAGACUGGCGACAGAGGCCAUGUGUGAGUGGUGAAGCGCAGCAUCCAUCUUGGUCAUGGGUGACACCCUAUCCGCAGGCGAUCCUUUAUUCAUGCGACUGCGAAAAAUUAUACCUGAGAACCCCACUAAUAUUAAUUCAUGAAGUAGAGGUUUCCCGCUCCAAGACGACCUUUUUGGGCCCCUCAGAGGCGGCUAUAUCAAUCUUACUGGCUUCUUAGCCACAUCUUUAUCUCACGAAAACUGUCACACAAAUGCCAGCGUACUCAAAUGUAGACCAUCUCACGUCUGCCC